UGAUUACUUGGAUGUGUUAUCGGGAGGCAGAGAGAGAGAGAGAGAGAUGUUGUUUCAGGUGGGAGGGCAAGGGAGUCGACCGACGUUUUUCGAGAUGGCGGCGGCGGAACAACUUCCGGCGAGUCUCCGCGGCGCUCUUACAUAUUCCAUUGGCGUAUUGGCCUUACGGAGACCCUUCCUUCACAAACUCUUAGAUUUCGAAGACGAAUCAUUCGCCUUACUAAUGCUACUUCUCGAAUCUCACACCUUACGAACCACCGAUGCUUCCUUCUCCGAAUCUCUUUACGGUCUCCGUCGAAGACCCGCCAAUUUCACCCUCCAAAACCAUUCCACUUCCUCCUCAGCCGCAGGCUUACGCCGGCGCCAGAGACUUCUUUCCGUUCUGUUUUUGGUUGUGUUCCCCUAUUUCAAAUCUAAAUUGCAUUCUAUCUACAACAGAGAAAGGCAAGCCAAUCUUCAAGCCACUCUCUGGGGACAUGAAGACGAAGGAGCUUUUGAGCAUGAUUAUUCAACCUCCGAUUCCGCUCCCUCCGUUAAUGCAACGAUUACUAAGAGACUUCAGAGAAUUGUAGGGUUUUGCUACCCCUGGUUACAUGCUACUACUGAGGGCUUGCAAUUUGCUUACCAGCUGUUGUACCUGUUGGAUGCUACUGGAUACUACUCACUGCCACUGCACGUGCUUGGGAUUCAUGUUUGCCGAGCUACAGGGCAAGAGCUGAUGGAUACCUCUUCUAGAAUUUCAAAGAUGCGUAGCCGUGAACGUGAGAGACUUCGUGGCCCUCAAUGGUUGAAGACAUUGCAAGGAGCAUUGCUCAGCUGUACAUACACGGUACUUGACUAUGCACAAACCGGUUUGAUUGCAGCUGUGUUCUUCUUUAAAAUGAUGGAAUGGUGGUACCAGUCUGCCGAGGAGAGAAUGUCAGCUCCAACAGUAUAUCCUCCUCCCCCUCCUCCUCCUCCACCAAAGGUAGCAAAAGAGGGGAUACCACUACCACCAGACAGAACAAUUUGCCCCUUAUGCUCACAGAAGCGUGUAAAUCCAUCUGUAGUUACAGUGUCAGGGUUCGUCUUUUGCUAUGCUUGCAUAUUUAAGUAUGUUACUCAGUCUAAGCGCUGCCCAAUUACGUUGAUGCCUGCAACAGUUGACCAGAUAAGGAGACUCUUUCAUGAUGUCUAGGUCCCUGUUAAGAGUGGGGGUGGGUUGUGGACUAUUGUUGUCAUUAGUAGGUGAGGAAAAGAUUCUCAAUCACUGUUGUGUAAUGUAUAUCUCAAUAUUAGUGUUAAAAGGUUAGGUAAGAGGCAUCAUUUUUGUUAUAAUCUUGUUCAUUUAUUUGUAAUUUUAUAUAUACGUCAUCACCGCAAAGUGGCACUGGUGGUUUGCACACCCUGCUUCGGUACUAUCGCUAGCACAAAAACAUACAAAUUGAAACAUCAUUUUUAUC